CGGCCGGCAACAUGGCGACGUAGGUGUUUACGUCAACGUCUUCCCUGGGCGCCAAAUUCAAACCCGCGGACAUCUUGAACGAGCGGAAUCCGGGUUCGCUGCGCGCCCGGAGCCGGGGGGACCCCUGCAUCGGUCUCGGGGUUCAGAGGAGAGGGCGCCAUGGCGCCCGGCUCCAAAUCAGCCCAGAGACCGGGAGCAUGAAGUGGGAGCGAAGGGGCGGAGAGAGGCCACGCAGUGCUCUCUGCAGCCUUGACCUUUUCGCUGUGGAGGUUUUUCCUGGGACCGGGGAGAGAAAUGCAGUGCGCACUCCUGGCUGACCAGAAGAACCUCCCCUAGAGCUUAACUAAUCACGUGGUCCCUAAGGAAAAGUCAGCCAGUGGCUGUGAUGAGGAAAGAAAAGCGGAGUUGCGCAGUAUGACAAAUUGUCAGUCUAACCAGCCAAGUAAUGAAGGUGAUGCCAUCAAAGUUUUCGUGCGAAUUCGUCCACCUACAGAGGGCUCUGGCUCAGCUGAUGGAGAGCAAAACUUGUGCUUAAGUGUGCUCUCCUCUACGGCUCUCCGGCUGCACUCCAACCCCGAGCCCAGGACCUUCACUUUUGACCAUGUUGCCGGCAUGGACACCACUCAGGAGUCUGUGUUUUCAACUGUGGCCAAAGGCAUUGUGGAAUCUUGCAUGAGCGGAUAUAAUGGCACCAUCUUUGCAUAUGGACAGACUGGCUCAGGGAAAACGUUUACUAUGAUGGGACCAUCUGAAUCUGAUAAUUUUUCUCAUAACCUGAGAGGAGUAAUCCCACGAAGUUUUGAAUAUUUGUUUUCCUUAAUUGAUCGUGAAAAAGAUAAGGCUGGAGCUGGGAAGAGUUUCCUUUGUAAGUGUUCCUUUAUUGAAAUCUACAACGAGCAGAUCUAUGACCUACUGGACUCUGCUUCCGCUGGACUGUACUUAAGGGAGCACAUCAAGAAGGGCGUUUUUGUUGUGGGUGCGGUGGAGCAGGUGGUGACCUCAGCAGCUGAAGCCUAUCAGGUGUUGACUGGAGGAUGGAGAAACAGGCGUGUGGCCUCAACAUCAAUGAACAGAGAAUCCUCGAGGUCUCAUGCAGUCUUCACGAUUACAGUAGAGUCAAUGGAGAAAAGCAGUGAGACUGUAAAUAUACGAACCUCCCUGCUCAAUAUGGUGGACUUAGCAGGAUCCGAAAGGCAAAGAGACACCCAUACAGAAGGGGUGAGAUUGAAGGAAGCUGGUAACAUAAAUCGAUCGCUGAGCUGCCUGGGCCAAGUGAUUACAGCCCUCGUGGAUGUGGGAAAUGGAAAACAGAGACAUAUCUGCUACAGAGACUCCAAGCUCACCUUCUUGCUCCGGGAUUCCCUCGGAGGUAAUGCCAGGACAGCCAUAAUCGCCAAUGUUCAUCCUGGAUCCAGGUGUUUUGGGGAAACACUAUCAACGCUGAAUUUUGCUCAAAGGGCCAAGCUGAUUAAAAAUAAGGCGGUGGUAAAUGAGGACACCCAAGGCAAUGUGAGCCAGCUCCAAGCUGAAGUGAAGAGGCUCAAAGAACAGCUGGCCCAGCUCACUGUAGGGCAGAUACUACCAGAAAGCUCUCUGACCAGAGAGAGAGAUGAGACUGAUUACAUGAAGUAUUUCAAAGAGGCAAUGCUGUUCUUCAAGAAGUCUGAACAGGAGAAGAAGUUUCUGGCAGAAAAAGUGACCCAGUUAGAAGACCUCACCCUCAAAAAAGAGAGAUUUAUUCAGUCUAAUAAAAUGAUUGUGAAAUUCCGAGAGGAUCAAAUCAUGCGCCUGGAGAAACUGCACAAGGAAGGGCGGGGGAGUUUUCUGCCAGAGGAGCAGGACCGCCUGCUGUGGGAAUUAAGGGAUGAGAUUCAGACUCUGCGAGAACAGAUUGAGCACCACCCCAGAGUUGCCAAAUAUGCUAUGGAAAAUCACUCCCUCAGGGAGGAGAACAGAAGACUGAGAUUAUUAGAGUCUGUGAGAAGAGCCCAAGAGGUGGAUGCGCAGAACGUGGCAAAGCUAGAGAAAGCUUUCCUACAAAUAUCUGGCACAGAGAAAAACGACAAAAGUCAGCAAGGAUUCUCUCCUAAAGUUGCAAAAGAGCCAUGCUCAUUAGCAAACUCUGAGAAGCUAAAAGCACAACUCCUGCAAAUGCAGACAGAACUGAAUAACUCAAAGCAAGAGUAUGAAGAAUUCAAAGAACUAACGAGGAGAAGGCAGCUAGAAUUAGAAUCAGAGCUCCAGUCUUUGCAAAAAGCGAACCUUAAUCUCGAAAACCUUUUGGAAGCAACAAAAGCCUGCAAGCGGCAAGAAGUUUCCCAGCUGAAUAAAAUUCAUGCUGAAACCCUGAAGAUUAUAACUACACCAACCAAGGUUUAUCAAAUUUGGCCUCGACCAGGAUCAAAAUUAAGCCCUGAAACAGGGAGCUUGGGAUCUCCAUACACUCAGAAUUCUAGCAAAUUAGAUAAUGAUAUCUUAAAUGAGCCAAUUCCACCUGAGAUGAAUGAACAAGCUUUUGAAGCCAUUUCUGAAGAGCUUAGGAUGGUACAGGAGCAAAUGAGUACCCUCCAGGUCAAGUUGGAUGAAGAGGAGCAUAAAAACCUGAAGCUUCAGCAGCGCAUUGACAAACUGGAGCAUCAUUCUACACAGAUGCAGGAGCUUUUCUCAUCAGAGAGAAUGGAUUGGACCAAACAGCAGCAAGAGCAUCUCUCACAAUUGAGUGCCCUUGAAAAGCAGCUUCGGGACACUCAGACUAAGAAUGACUUUUUGAAAAGUGAGGUCCAUGACCUGCGAGUAGUGCUUCAUUCAGCCGACAAGGAGCUGUCUUCGGUGAAGAUGGAGUACGGUUCAUACAAAGAGGCUCAGGAGCAGGAACUCAGUAGCCUUUCUGAAAAACACGUGCAUGUCCAGCUCCAGCUGGACAAUGUCAGAUUAGAGAAUGAAAAGCUUCUUGAGAGCAAAGCCUGUCUGCAGGAUGCCUAUGAAAACUUACAAGAAGUAAUGAAGUUUGAAAUUGACCAACUUUCAAAAAAGCUCCAUAGCUGCAAAAAAGAAAAUGAGGCUCUGAAAUCGGAUAUGAAUAAUUUGAUGGAGCUUUUUGAGACAGAAAAAGAACGCAAUAACAAAUUAUUAUUACAAUUUGAAGAAGAUAAAGAAAACAGUUCUAAAGAAAUCUUAGAUGUUCUUGAGGCUGUGCGUCAGGAGAAACAGAAGGAGAUGGUCAAGUGUGAGCAGCAGAUGGCAAAAGUACAGAAACUGGAAGAGAGUUUAUGUGCUACUGAGAAAAUCAUCAGUUCUCUGGAGAAGUCUAGAGAUGCUGACAAGGAAGUUGUCGCUGACCUCAUGAGCCAGAUCCAGGAGCUGAGGACGUCGGUUCGUGAGAAAACAGAAACCAUAGACAGCCUGAAGCAAGAGCUGAAGGACAUCAAUUGUAAAUACAACUCCGCUUUGGUUGACAAAGAAGAUGGCACAGUGUUGAUUAAGAGACAGGAAGGGGAGAUUCUGGAUCUGAAAGAAACCCUGAGGCUGAGGAUAAUCUCUGAAGAUAUAGAGAGGGAUAUGCUCUGCGAAGACCUGGCUCAUGCUUCUGAGCAGCUGAACAAGCUCACCGAGGCCUCGAAGAAGCACUCGGCGCUCCUGCAGUCCGCCCAGGAGGAGCUGAGCAGGAAGGAGGCCCAGAUUCAGGAGCUUCAGCGUGAGUUAAACCUAAAGAAAGAGGAAGUAGAACAGAAGAAGAAUGAAUACAACUUCAAAAUGAGGCAACUGGAGCAUGUGAUGGGUUCUGCUGCCGAGUUUCCCCAGAGUCCUAAAACACCACCUCAUUUUCAAACACAUUUGGCAAAACUCCUGGAAACACAAGAACAAGAGAUAGAAGAUGGACGAGCCUCUAAGAUUUCUUUGCAACACCUUGUAACAAAGCUAGAUGAAGACAGAGAAAUCAAAAAUGCUGAAAUCCUCAGAAUGAAGGAGCAGUUGAGCGAAAUGGAAAACCUACGCUUGGAAGGUGAGCAGUUGAGAGAGAAAAACUGGCUCCUGCAAGGCCAGCUGGAUGAUAUUAAAAGACAAAAGGACAGCAGCGAACAGAACCACCCAGACAUCCAGCAGCUGAAGAACGAACAAGAGGAACUUAUCAAAGAAAGACUUGCUAAAAAUAAGUUAGUUGAAGAAAUGUUGAAAAUGAAAGCAGACCUAGAAGAAGUCCAGAGCGCCCUGCAGAGCAAAGAGACAAACUACCUCAGGAUGACCGAGGAAGUGGAACGAACCAGAACGUUGGAGUCUAAAGCGUUCCAAGAGAAGGAACAGCUGAGGUCAAAGCUGGAAGAAUUCUAUGAAGAAAGGGAGAGGACACUCCAGGAGAUGGAGAUGUUGAGGAAGCAGGUGGAGUUUCUCGCUGAGGAAAAUGGCAAGUUGCUGGGUCACCAGAACCCAAACCAGAAGAUCCACUAUGUGGUGCGGCUGAAGAGGGAGAACGUCCGGCUCGCUGAGGAAACGGAAAAAUUGCGUGCUGAAAAUGUAUUUUUAAGAGAAAUGAAAAAGAGUUUCUGAUGAGCAUCUGCGCCCGUCCACGUCUGCUGGCCGUCUGCCAUCCGCUGUGUGAGGGACAAUCCGCUGCAGGGCUCAACCCACUGUGAACUCCCAGAAACCCUUUUCCUCUUCAAAUAAAGUCUGUCACUGAUGGUUCUCGUGGGUGCUGGUCAGGCCCCGUGUCCCUGAUCUCCUGAAUCUUGCGUCAGAAGCUCCCACAAUAGUCAGUGUCCCCAAAACUUGCAGUGGGGGUCAUGGCUGAUCGUGCAGUGUGUGUACAUAGCAAACUUGUUAAUAGAGUUUAUUUUUAUAUUCCUACUUGAAGAAUUCUCAUGCACAUUUUUAUGACUGCAAACAUUUUUCAAAAUGUAAAUCUUUUUCAAAUAAACAGUUCAGUAA